AACCCGCAGCUGAAAAAGGUCAACCAAAAACACCGAGCAACCUCCGACGGGCUCACCAUCCACGACCACAACCAUGGCCGCUGUUCAUGAAAUGGCCUACCGGCCGCGAGGUGUUCCCUCCCGCCAGGCGGCGACAUCGGCAGAGGUCAUCGUCGUCGGCGGCGGUCUCAGCGGCCUGGCCGCCGCCUACGAGCUGCAGCAGGCCGGCGCGUCGUGCCUGCUUUUCGAGCGUCGAGGUCGGAUUGGAGGCCAGUUUUCUACCGAGGACAGCAGCUUCAGCGACGCCCAAGUGCGCGUCCUGGAGCUCGCCCGCAGCCUGGGGCUCGAUAUCCAGCGUCACGUCGUCGGUGGACGUGACGCCGUGGAAGGGCUGGGAGCCUCACGUGCCGACGGCACGCCUCGCCUCAGCGAACAGGAUAUGCGUUCGUACACCCGCGUUGUGGAAAACAUCGAGGAGCUCAGCCAGCGCGUUGACGUGAACCACCCGGCGCAGAUGCUCCCCAACUACGGCUCCAUGUCGGCCCACGAGCUCGUCGUUUCACACGGCGCGACGCCUUCCGUCCAGACGCUUGCCAACGUGUGGACCCAUGCCCUCUUUGGCCUCUCGGCGCGCGAGGUUGGCGCUCUGUCCUUCCUGCUGCACUGCAAGUGCUCGGGCGGCCUCAUGCAGGCCGUCAAGGGCCUCGGUAGCGGCGGCAGCCCGAGGUGGCGCCUUGGGGGCAGCGGCGGCUCUGGAGCUGAGCAACAGCUAUGCGAGGAGCUUGCAGCGAGGCUUCGCCCGGGUACAGUCCGUCUGGAGCAGGCUGUUGAGCGGGUAGACCAGACUUCCGACAACCGGUGCAUCGUAUCGACGCAGUCGGGCGGUGUGUUUCAGUGCGCCAAGGUUGUGCUCGCGAGCGCCGCGGCGCAGUGCCGAGACGUCGAGCUCGCGCCGUCACUGAGCGAGGACAAGCAGUGGUUGGCCUGCGCGCCGUCCGGCUUCCUCGCCGCGGUACGUCUCUCGUACGAGCAGCCGUGGUGGCAGGAGCAGGGGCUCUCGGGCUGGGGCAUGGGCGUCGAUGGCCCGGUCUGCGUGGUCAGAGACACGUCGCGCGACGAAGAGGAGGAGGGCUACUCGCUGACGUGCAUCGUCGCGGGCGAGCCGGGGAGGGAGCUCUGGCGCUGGGAGGCGGCUGACCGGCAGGCCUGCAUCGCCAAGCACGUCGAGAGCAUAUUCGGUUGCGAGGCGCCUGCACCACUCACUGUGGUCGAGCUCGAGCCGCGGGCGACCACCAUGGCUGUCCCUGUUGCCGGCCUGCGCGCUCUGGAGAAUGACCAGUGGCGGCCCGAAGGCAACGUUUUCUUCGCCGGCGCUGAGACGGGCUUUGUGUGGAGGGGUCAUGCCGAGGGGGCUCUUGCGGCUGGCUCACGAGUAGCUGAUGAGGUUAUCCGUGCCAUCUGCCCGUCCUCGGAUGAGCUUUUGUCGAGGCUCUAGGUAUGAGUGGGAGGCGGCACAGGACAGAGGCUCAUAUUGUGAGUGAAGCGCCAUGCACAGACAUGCUUGGAAUGAUUUAUAUACAUGUACUAUUUACAACAUGGUAUGAAGGGUACUAAAAGUGUUUUUCCA